AUGGCAUCUAUUACAAACCGACAUAUACGUUCAGUCUUAUCAUACUAUCACUAUAUAAAUAUUAUUAAACAUCAACGAAGAUCUACAGUUACUGUUACUGAUGAAUAUCGACCUGUACUUAAAUCUCGUGCAUCUAUUAAAGGUGUCGAAUUACUUCGAAAUCCAUCGUUCAAUAAGGGUAUGGCAUUUUCACUUGAAGAAAGGCAGCAUAUGGGUAUACAUGGUCUUCUACCACCAGCAGUACUUUCACAAGAUAUUCAAGCCCUUCGUGUUAUGACAAACUUCGAUCGAGCACAAGAUGAUCUCGAUCGUUAUAAUGAAUUAAUGAAUUUAUCUGAACGUAAUGAAAAAUUAUUUUAUCGAGUUAUUGCAGACAAUCUCGAGAAACUUAUACCAGUUGUUUAUACACCUACAGUUGGUCUUGCUUGUCAAAAAUAUGGUUUAGUAUUUAAACGACCAAGAGGUUUAUUUAUUACAAUACAUGAUAAAGGUCAUAUAUAUGAUAUCUUAUCUAAUUGGACGGAACAACAUGUAAAAGCAAUUGUAGUUACAGAUGGUGAACGAAUUCUAGGUUUAGGAGAUUUAGGUGCUUUCGGUAUGGGUAUUCCUGUUGGAAAAUUACAACUAUAUACAGCUAUUGCUGGUAUACCGCCUCAAAAUUGUUUACCAAUUAUGCUCGAUGUCGGUACAAAUAAUGAAGAGAUCUCAUCAGAUCCUCUUUAUAUUGGUUUAAAACAAAAGCGAGUUAAAGGAAAAGAAUACACCGAAUUUCUUGAUGAAUUUAUGGAAGCAGUUGUACAACGUUUUGGAUGGAAUUGUCUUAUUCAAUUUGAAGAUUUUGCUAGUCAUAAUGCACAUCAACUUCUUGAAAGAUAUCAAAAAGAAUACUGUACAUUUAAUGAUGAUAUUCAAGGUACAGCUGCAGUUGUUCUUGCUGGUCUAAUUGCAGCACUUCGUGUAACUGGUAAAAAAUUAUGUGAAAAUACUUAUCUCUUUGUCGGUGCUGGUCAAGCUUCUUGUGGUAUAGCUGAUUUAGUAACACAUGCAAUGGUACGCGAAGGUUUAUCUCCUGAAGAAGCAAGAAGUAAAAUUUGGAUGUAUGAUGUACAUGGACUUAUUGUUCAAGGUCGACCUCAAGGUGACUUAAACGGUCCUAAAGCAUCUUAUGUCAAGAAAGGAAGAGCAAUUAAAGAUCUUUCAUCGGUAAUUGACUACGUCAAACCAACAGUACUUAUGGGUGCUAGUGGAGUAGCACGUCUUUUUCAUGAUGGUGUUCUCAGAAAAAUGGCACAAGCUAAUGAACCUGAAGAAGCAUAUCGAGAAACAGAUGGUCGAUGUAUAUUCGCCUCGGGUAGUCCAUUUAAACCAGUUGUUUAUAAAGAUAAAACAUUCCAUCCAGGUCAAGGAAAUAAUGCUUAUAUAUUUCCAGCAAUUGCUUUAGCAACGAUUGCAUGUGCAGCACGUCAUGUAGAAGAAGAUAUGUUUUUAAUUGGUGCUCAAAAACUUGGUUCAUUAGUAACUGAAAAAGAUUUGGAUGCUGGUCGUGUUUAUCCACCUGUACCAAGUAUUCAUGAAGUUACUGUUAAAAUUGCUGCUCAUUUAGCUGAACAUCUUUAUAAACAAAAGAAAGCUUGGAAUUAUCCAGAACCUGAAAAUAAAGAAGAUUUUAUUCGUAUGCAAUUAUACGAUACAUCAUAUCAAUAUUUUGGUCCUUCAACAUGGAAAUGGCCAGAACAACAUCAUAAACCACGUGACAUUUCAUCUAUUGAUGAUAAUAUUGCUCUAGAUGCAUAA